UGCCCCUCAAAAAGACAAACAUAAUCAGUUCAAGCUACGGAAGCCACCAACCUUCACAGGUCGCUGAUUCACGCCAGACAAACAUAAUCAGUUCAAGCUACAGACCUUCAUCGAUUUUUUGUCGAUUCACGCGAGAAGGCCCGUCGCCAUCAUUCUGCUAUUGCUGGCUCACCGGCGUCGCCGACAGUUUGCCUUUGCGACGCAGCUCCACUGCUCCAGGUUGAACUUCUCACUGAUUAGAGUGGAUAAGUAAUGUUCUAUCUGAGCGAAAUUGAGCACACUUUGAGAUUACCUCCCCAUCUCCUCAAUCUUCCACUUAAUGAAGCUAUCAAGGGAGAGCUCGAGGGUCUCUUUGUAGACAAGGUUAUUGCACAAUUAGGGCUUUGUAUAUCUGUAUAUGAUAUUCGCUCCAUUGAUGGUGGUUUUAUUUUCGCAGGAGAUGGUGCCUCCACAUAUACGGUGAAAUUCAGAUUGAUAAUCUUUCGCCCGUUUAGGGGAGAGGUCAUAGCAGCAAGGCUGAAAGAAUCCAAUGCAAAUGGUUUACGCUUAUCACUUGGAUUUUUUGAUGACAUCUAUGUACCAGCGGCUUUGAUGCCGAAUCCUUCACAUUCUGAGCCUGAUCCUGAAAGCAGGAACCAGGUCAGGUGGAUAUGGGAGUAUGAAGGAGAAAAAUAUCCUAUUGAUGGUACAGAUGAGAUUAGAUUCCGAGUUCUCGAAAUUAGCUAUCCAUCGUUACCUUUAAAUCAAGAGAAAGAUGCAAAGCCAUUUGCUCCUAUGGUGAUCACGGGAUCACUUGAUGCGGAUGGUUUGGGUCCCGUUUCAUGGUGGGUGUGAAGUAAUGGACAUAGGUAAGGUUUUUUGAGAACUUCCCCUUUAAGUUUAAACCGGAGGUUGUCGUCAUUUUGUAGGAUAAUAGCAAUUGUAAAGAUUGUAGUUUAAUGAAUCAAUUUGUGGUGAAAGUUCUGUUACUAGUUAAUUUAU